ACUCGAAGUUGGAGAAAAAUGGAAGUCAUAAUAUUUGGACUAAGACGCAAUUGACACAUCCAGACGAGGUCUUCUCGGUCGAAUUUGCCAGUAUUUAAUGAAUUCAUGACCAAGUUCAAUUGCCCCAAUAGUUUCCAUUAUUUCCAAUUCUUCAUCAACCCACGUAAUAUCAUGAGGAAUACUCGCUUCUUCUUCCCUCUUGUAAUUGUGCUUCUGUUUCAUAAUUUUGUUACUUAUUCUUUGUCUGUGGAAUCACCCAACAUCACCACAGACCAAUCUUCUCUUUUUGCAUUGAAAUCCCAUGUAACUUUUGGCCUUCAAAGCCAGUUAAAAACCAAUUGGUCUACUGCUACCUCAGUUUGCAACUGGAUUGGUGUAACUUGCGGAUCCCGGCACCUUAGGGUCACAGCUCUGAAUCUUUCAGGCAUGGGUCUGGUAGGUACCAUCCCACCUCACUUGGGAAAUCUAUCUUUCCUUUCCUUGCUCAGCAUUGAGAACAAUAGUUUUCAUGGCUCAUUACCCAUCCAAUUGGCUAAUUUGCGUCGGUUGAAGUACAUAAACUUUGGCAACAACAACAUCAGUGGGGAAAUCCCAUCAUGGUUUGAUUCCCUUACUCAACUUCAAAGCUUGUUUCUAUAUGGUAACAACUUCACAGGUUCCAUGCCUCCUUCAAUCUUCAACAUAUCUUCAUUGCAAUUAUUGGAUCUCAGCGACAACAAUCUCUCCGGGUCGAUACCCCCCAAUAUGUUCGAUAGACUUCCUAAUCUUCAAGGGCUUUAUUUGAAUCGGAACCUGUUUUCCGGCCGAAUUCCACCUAGUUUAUUCAAGUGCAAAGAGUUAACAAUAUUGUCCUUAUUUCGUAAUCAUUUUGAGGGAAGUUUGCCAAUGGAAAUUGGGAAUUUGACUAAGCUUAGGAUAUUGCAUCUCAGAGAAAACAAUCUCGAAGGUACACUUCCAGAUCAGAUUGGCAACCUACAGAAUCUAGAAACCAUAAUCUUGGAAAAUAAUAGUUUUACUGGUGUCAUCCCUCCUUCAAUCUUUAACAUCUCAACUGCAAGGUUCAUUUCGCUUGCUUUCAAUCGUUUCUCUGGCCAGCUGCCAUCAACUACAGGCCUUGGACUUCCGAAUCUGCGAGAGCUUUCUCUUGCACUAAAUGAACUAAGUGGACCAAUCCCGAUCUCCAUCUCCAAUGCCACUCAGCUUAUUCUACUCCAAUUGCCGAAUAAUUCUUUUUCUGGAAUCAUUCCUGACACGCUUGGCAAUCUAAGAUAUUUACAACGGCUCGACCUUAGUCAUAACAAUUUAAGUAGCAACCCUUCAUCCCGUGAAUUGAGCUUCCUCCCAUCACUGAUAAACUGCAAAGACUUGGAGCAGUUGACAUUUGAUGAUAACCCAUUGAUCAGUGGUGAACUUCCAACUUCUGUAGGAAAUUUAUCUGCUUAUCUAACCCUUUUCUAUGGUACUCUUUGCAACAUUAAGGGCAACAUCCCACGUGAAAUUGGUAACUUGAGCAACUUGGUUUGGUUAGGUCUUGACCAUAAUAAUUUGACUGGACCAAUACCGACUACAAUUGGAAGAUUGAGAGAUCUGCAAAAUGUUAAUCUUGGGAGCAAUAAGCUAGAAGGAUCCAUUCCAUCUGAGUUAUGUCAUCUGGAGAGGUUGGCUUUCUUGACUCUCACAGAUAACAGACUAUCUGGACCAAUACCAGCUUGCUUAGGCGAUCUCGUUUCUUUGAGAAAUCUUUUCUUAGGCUCCAACAAUUUUACCUCAAUUCCAUCUACCUUGACAAGACUUAAUGGUAUCUUGUUCCUAGAAUUGGAUUCAAAUUCUCUAAGUGGGUCUCUCCCAGUUGAUAUUGGAAAAUGGAGGUCUGUGACUAAUUUGAAUUUGUCAGAGAACCAGUUCUCAGGUACUAUCCCAAGCAGCAUUGCUGAUCUCAUAGACCUAACUCAUCUCUCCUUAUCUGGUAAUAUUUUAGAGGGUUCUAUUCCUCAGUCUUUUGAUGAGUUGAUAAGUUUGGAAUACUUGGAUUUGUCGAGAAAUAACCUCUCGGGAAUGAUCCCCAAGUCCUUAGAGAAGCUCCCAAAUCUAAAAUAUUUGAAUGUCUCUUUCAAUAGGCUACAAGGAGAAAUUCCUAGUGGAGGAUCAUUUGUGAACUACUCGAGCCAAUCAUUUAUGGGCAAUGAAGCCUUAUGUGGUUCAUCUCGACUUCAAGUCCCACCUUGCAAAACUGAUCCCUCUAGGAGGUCUAAGACGGGUACUGAGCUUUUAAAAUAUAUUCUACCAGCAAUUGGCUUAGCCAUAUUAAUAUUGGCUAUGGUUAUCAUUCUUUUACGAAACCGAAAUAGGAAAGCUGAAGUGCCAAUUACUGAAGAAAAUUUGCUACCAUUGGCUGAAUGGAGAAGAAUUUCUUACCAUGAGCUCGAUCAAGCUACGGAUGGAUUUUCUGAAAGCAAAUUACUAGGAGUUGGGAGUUUUGGGUCAGUAUACCAAGGGACUCUCUCAAAUGGGAUAAGCAUUGCAGUAAAAGUCUUCAAUGCAAAUAUAGAUAGAGCCCUUAGAAGCUUUGAUGUUGAGUGUGAGGUCCUUCGCAACAUUCGUCAUCGAAAUUUGGUCAAAAUCAUUAGUAGUUGCUCCAACAUUGAAUUUAAAGCCUUGGUUCUCGAGUUAAUGCCGAAUGGAAGCUUGGAGAAGUGGCUAUAUUUUCACGACCAUUUUUUGGACGUUUCGCAAAGGUUGAACAUAAUGAUAGACAUCGCAUUGGCAUUGGAAUAUCUUCACCAUGGUCAUUCCCCACCUGUGGUUCAUUGCGAUUUAAAGCCGAACAAUGUCCUGCUAGAUAAUGAUAUGAUUGCGCAUUUGGGUGAUUUUGGCAUUGCAAAACUCAUAAGUGAAGAGGAUUUAAUGACACAAACUAUGACGCUAGCAACUAUUGGAUAUAUGUCACCAGAAUAUGGAUCAGAAGGAAUUGUUUCUACACAAGGUGAUAUAUAUAGUUUUGGUAUUCUUCUUAUGGAAACUUUCACGAGAAAGAAGCCUACAGAUGAAAUGUUUGUAGAAGAAACGAACUUGAAGUGUUGGGUGAAAGAGUCAUUACCAUCUGCAGUAGUUCAUAUUAUAGACGCUAAUUUGCUAGAUACCAUAGAAACAGAACGCUUAGCUGCAAAGGAUUGUGUUUUAUCCAUUUUGCAAUUAGCUUUGGAAUGUUCUGCAGAAUUACCUGAAAAGAGGAUUGAUAUGAAAGAAGUUGUUGGGAGAUUGAAGAAAAUCAAAAUCAAAUUCUUACAGGAAGUUCAACGAGUUUCAUCAAUCAAGAGACAGAAAAUGUGA